AAGUGAGAAAACGAUCGAUAGACCGUGAGAAUUUCACACGAAGAAUUUCAUCGGGAGUCACACGAUCUAUGCAACGAGUAACGAAUAUCCCAAAGAAGAUGGCACUCUAACACAGAAAGAGAGAGAGAGAGAGAGAGAGAGAGAGAGAGAGAGAAAGAGAGAAGAGAGAGAGAGAAAGUGAGACUUUCCGAGAGAACGCAAAGCCUACAUUGACGAUCUCUCUUUCUUUUUCCUCCCUUCUCGUGUAGCCAUCGUAGGCGCCGGGCCACCUGUUGCGGUAUCCGAAUGCGUACAGGGCCUGGUCCGCACUUAAGAGUUAACUAAAAAUGUGGUGGGGAUGUUAGACGUUCUCCGAUUGGUUCGGCGGCACGUGCUCCACAAGGGUGCCUGCUCCUCGAAUGCAUAAAGUCCCUGGCGCGCUUUCACAAGACUUCAGAAUCACCCCGAGGGCCGACUCGGUGUGUACGCGUUUAAGAUUAUCGGAAAGGUUUUUGAUCUCGUGGAUGGUACUAUUUUUUCAAUUAGUGUAAUAAAAAAGAAGAACUUUAAAUUUUUUGUCUCUCCAUUAGACUGAAUUAUUUAUUGAUAGAAGAUCUAGGAUCAGUGCAAACGAUCAAGAUCAAAGAGAAGAGGAGCUUUCAGUGUGAUAUCAUACUGAUUCUCAUACUAUGGAACUUCAGGAAAUGUUUCGUUACGGCUAUAUGUUUCCACCACGCGAGGAUGAAGUCGAAACAUGUACGUACUUGGAAUUACCGAAUUAUACCAAAACAAAGUCUGGCUUGCCUCCAGUGAGCACUUUGACUGUACCUCGUUGCGUGUUAUAUGAAAGUAACAGAAGCGACGGCUGGCACACUCCAAGCCCUACGGCGAGUGUACGAUCCGUCAGUCCUGCUACGACACUCUCGAUUUCUUCGGAACCAGAAAUUAAUAUAAUCGGAGGUCCCUCCUAUCGUCUUUUAUCCGGGACAGCGGAAGACCAAAGAUAUACAACCAAGAGAAUGGCUAAUAGUACUGGUUGUGUUGUUGGAAAAACACGAUCCUCGCGUUUGGACACCGUAGAUCUUGGAGAAGAAUUGGAUGUGGACGCUGAUGGGGAAGCUGAACACGAUAAAGCUCAAUCCUGUCGUGGAAGCGUCAUCAGCAACUCUAGUGGUCUUUCGGACAGAACAAUGGAUGCUGAUAGCGAAGACAAUGAAGAGACAAGCGACGGUCCUGAUUCAGUCGGUAAUCCUACUUCUUCUGGACGAGAUACAAGGAGACGAGGCAAAUACGUUAGCUCUACAACGGUUAGGAAACGAAGACUAGCUGCCAAUGCCAGAGAGAGAAGACGGAUGCAGAAUCUUAACAAAGCUUUCGAUAGGUUGAGAGCUUAUCUACCUUCGCUUGGAAAUGAUAGGCAGUUAUCCAAAUACGAAACUCUUCAAAUGGCACAAUCUUACAUCACGGCGCUUUAUGAUCUUUUACAAUAACGAUCAUUUGAUAGGAGUUGCUUCAUCUUGAAUUUUUUUUUCGAAUUUUUAACAGAUUAGAUAUGUAUAAUAUCAAUCAAAUUAAUCGAUAUACUUUGUGGCAAAUGAAAAUAUCAGUAUUAUCUUGAACAAUAGGGUAUCGAAUGAUAAUGAAUUGUUUUUAAAAACGAGAUCACGCAGGUAACAUUACGCGUACAACCUUUCUACAGAUAUCAAUCAUAUCCUCUGUAUAUACUAUCACCCACCGAUAACUUGUAUAUUUUGUACGAUAGUCUGACUAAU